AUGGAUCUUGAAACAGUUGAUGACGAAACACUCAAGUUUUAUCUUGCUCUUGCAGUUGUUGUUUCACGAAACCAGCCUCCUCCUGAAUGGGGGGACUGUGGAAUAGAGAGAAACAAUGGUUCAGAUUCAGUCCAGGAGUACUUGGCGCAGGUUAUAGAGAAGCUAGAUGAUCCUGUAUGGUUUUGGCAGAAACGGUAUCAAGACAAGUGUAAGGAGCUGGAUACUGUGACUUUAGAAAUAGAAGCUUUACAGCAAGCUGUCAAGAUAGACAAUCGAAUGAGUGAAAAUAGUUCUGCUGAAAGAGGUAAAAAUGAGGAAACCCUAUUGUUGUGUUGGAAUAAAGAGUUACCUGGGAAAAGUUUGGAGAGCUUGCAUAGUGAUAUGUUGAUAAAAGCAGUUUUACAAAAACUUCAAACUGAUAUUGAUAAAAAUGUGAAUGAAAAUAUUUACAGUUUUAUGAGCACGUUAAAACAAUGGGUGCGGAUUGAGGAGCUGGAAACUAGCCAUAUUGUGGAGAUUACCCAACAGAUCAAGCAGUGUUAUAAGCAUAUUUUGAAGAGAAAAGAUAAUGGAUGGUUCAAGACAGCCCAAUCAAUUGUUGAUCUGGUUUUAGAUCUUUAUUAUUCAUACUUUUGUGCAAUAUACCAUCAGCAACUUUCAGAGAAAAAUACCAAUAAGAAAGAGUAUAAGACGAAGAAGAAAAUUUUGGUGAAAGAUGCUAGUUUUACAUUGGUAUAUAUUGGAUCAGAAAAUAUUAUGGUUCGGUAUUAUACUAUUGAGAGUUUAUGCAAAUUCAUGUCCACGAAAAGCAUUUCAACCAAUAGUAUUGACAAGCCUACGGAUGGUAUUAGCAAGCGGCAAUGGCAAGUUGAAAAGGCGAUAUUGUAUCGAUUUUUGGAGAAGAUUGUGAGCGGAGUAAUGAUGCGGCUGGUAAGCUCUGAGAGAUCGUCUGAGUUGUUUAUUAAAGAGUAUACGAAUCGACAAGAGCAAAAUUUAAAAGAAGAUACAGAAUGUGUGAAAACUGGAGUGCAAAUGGAGGAAACCAUUGGGGGGAUGGAGUUGCGGAAAGAAGGUUUACGAGCUGUUAGAAAUCAGACUAUCAAGAGCAUUUUGUGGCAUAUAGAUGAUCUUAAACUACAAGCCAAGUUUUUAGACAUGAAAUGGGUAAUUUUGGAUUAA